CUGGGUGGCCAAGGGGCCUAGGACGGUUGGAGCUCAUCCUGGGCUGAGGCCAAAGCCGGCAGGAGGACCCAGCUGCUCAGCUACUCAUGAAUUUGACAGGAUGAUUACAUUUAUGUUUCAAGAAGAAAUGUUGCCAAAGGUCUCUCCAGUAUGCUGAAGCAUUACUUAUGCCACCCUCAUGUUCCUGCCACAGAUGGGGCUACAGGUUCUAGAGUUGUAGCAGUAGAAGUUAGUACCUAUGAAGAUAUUUGAAGCCAUAGAACUGGUCACGAUUCCCUAAGGAAAAGAUAUAAUUGGAGAAAAGAAGAUACUCCCAGGCUGAACUCACAGGUGGAACAGAAGACAAAGAUCCAAACUUUUAGACAUAUAAUGAGUAGUGAGUAUUGUAAUAGGAAGAUGGGAGAGCAUGACAUCCUAGAAGGAGCUUUGGGUGAGGUCAAUGGAGUCUGGAAGCAAUAAAAAUGUGGAGAAUACAGUGAAGAGAGUCUGUCAUGAUCAGCUUGUUCCAAAGGUAAAAACAAGCAAGAAAAUGUCCACCUUAACAAACUCACCUACCAGCCUGAACGUGCCACCAGAGAUUAAGAAAAACUGUGGAGAUAAACAAGUAGAAAUCACAAUUGAAAGGAUAAAAAUGGCAAAGAACACUAAAGAAAAACAAAACAGUGAUUUAGAGAAAGUGGCCUUUAAACGGAAGGCAGAAGGUGAAGAGAAGCCAGCUGCAAAGAAGGAGGCAAAGACAAUAGAACUUGACAAUCAGCUAGUCUCCAUGCCUCUGCCUCAGAUUCCUCUAAAGAAUGUAAUGGAUGUGGAAAUGAAAUUGGUCUACAUUGAUGAAGAGGACGUAAGGUAUGAGUUUGUAGAGCCCUUCAUGGCCACUGGGAUUCAGCCAACCUGCCCAGCCGCUGAAAUAGUGGACCCUUUGAGCGGACCCAAUUUCAGCUCUCUGCCUCAGAUUGACAAAUGGCUUCAGGUAGCCUUAAAGGAUGCCAGCACUUGUUAUAGACAAAAGAAAUAUACCGUGGCAGCCGGACAGUUCAGAACAGCACUUGAGCUUUGCAGCAAAGGGGCAGCUCUAGGAAAGCCCUUUGAUGCACCUGCUGACCAUGUAGCCAGCGUGGCAAGUUUCAUUGAGACAAAACUCGUCAACUGCUACCUACGGAUGAGGAAACCUGACCUUGCCCUGAAUCACGCACACAGGAGCAUUGUUUUAAACCCAGCCUAUUUCCGAAACCAUCUUCGUCAAGCAACAGUGUUUAGAUGUCUGGAGAGAUAUUCAGAAGCUGCCCGGAGUGCCAUGAUUGCUGACUACAUGUUCUGGCUCUGUGGAGGAAGUGAACAGUGUAUAAGCAAGCUCAUCAAACUAUAUUGGCAGGCCAUGAUUGAAGAAGCCAUCACCAGAACGGAAUCUUUCUCAGUUAUGUAUACACCGUUUGCAACAAAAAUAAGAGCUGAUAAAAUAGAAAAAGUGAAAGAGGUGUUCACAAAAACUCAUCCUGCGUAUGCAGAGUAUAUCUACACAGAUCUUUGUGGACUCCACGUGUUGCCUCAGACAGCUGACUGGUUAUCUUUUCCUCCCCAACAAUAUCUUUUGACUCUUGGCUUCAAAAACAAAGAAGAUGGAAAUUUUUUAGAAAAAAUAUCAAGUAGGAAGCUACCAACAUUUACAGAUCAUAAAACUCCCUUCAGUCGGCUGACCAGAGAAGACAACGUGAGACACAUGGAGACAAUGGGGAAGCGAAUCUUGCCGAUACUGGAUUUUAUUAAAGGCACCCGAUUGAAUGGUGGUCUCUGUGCGUGCUCAGGUGUGAUGGAGAAGUUGCAGUACGCCAGCCUCCUCAGCCAGCUGCAGAGAGUAAAGGAGCAGUCCCAAGUAAUUAAUCAAGCAAUGGCAGAACUAGCAACCAUUCCCUAUCUACAGGACAUCAGUCAACAGGAGGCGGAAUUGCUGCAGUUACUAAUGGCAGAUGCUAUGGACACCCUUGAAGGAAGAAGAAGCAAUAAAGAACGUGUGUGGAAUACAAUCCAAAAGGUUGGUCAAAUUGAAAAUUUUCUAUACCAAUUAGAAGACAGUUUCCUGAAAACUAAAAAACUCAGAAAUGCUCGAAGGCAAAAAACAAAACUGAAGCGGCUUCAAAAUCUGCAGCAAAGCUAGUCACUGUGGAGUAGUACUUAUCACGUAUAUGUCCCAGACAAAGAGGCAAGGGUGGCCACCACCCCAACUGUGACCGCCUGCCAUCUAUGGAACAAGGUGAUACUACCCUUGGUUCAUCUUAAGCAAAGACAUUCUACACUUCAUUAAUCUCAACUAACGGCAAUAA